AUUCAAACGGUUUUUCUACCAUUUAUAAAUGAACUAAAAAAUGUAGAUUAUCAAGACUAUAGAAGCAUGUAGCGAAUACUUGAUUUUUUUUCUUUUUGGUUCAUAUUUUAAGUUGACCAAAAAUGUAAAUAACUAUGGCCAAAUUUGGAUACCGUUUAGAUACAAAUUUAUCAUAACAAAAAUUGUGGAGUUCAAAUUCUUAUCACUUUCACCCAUCUUAAUAGUUUAUUAUAAUUAUUCUAGGCGAAAUAUAUAGGUGUGUAAUUGCUUGACGACCUAACUUUAUUUUAUAGCAAUUCCUUAUUACAAGUGACGUUGCAACUAGAUUAGCAUAGCUAGGGAGGGACCUAUACUAUACUAUAAGUCUAUAAAAAUCAUAAAAGGAAGGUUCCUAUGAAGCAAUGCAUGGUUUCUCAAUGUUGAUGAUAUACUUCACAUUAGUGUUUGCAAACACAGGCUCUAUUAAUUAACCAAAUAAAAAAAAAAUGCUCAUUGGAGGAAACAAAUAGGACCUUGCACUGUCUUUUUGCCUCUAACUAAGAUUUGAAUUGAAAAAAAUAAUAAGAGAGAAAAGGGUAAACCCAAAAGUAGGUAAGGAGUGUUGAAAACCAAAGUCUAGAACUUUAUUUUGCAGGCAUUCCGGCCUCAGUUCCCUUAUCCCACCAAUAUUUGUCGGGUCAUUUUGUUGCCUUCAUCUUGUUCAGUGUGUUAUGAUGCAUUUAUUCACUUACAAUUUGGACUUUUUAAAUGUUAAUCUUAAUUAUUAACUAAUAAACACAAAGAAAAGUAACAUGAGUUAUGUCAUGUCAUGUCAUGUCACCACAACAUAAAAUUAAAAAAACAAAGGCAUGUAAUGUAAUGUAAUUUAAGUUAGCCAUAAAACAAAUGAAAGAAUAACAAGAAAAGACUGGAAAAAGAUGCUUAUGUUCACAAAAAGGUCUAUCAAGACUUUUCCCGUGUGCAAGUUUAUAUAUACACUAAAGUGUGUCAAUAAAAAAAAAAAAAAAGAAAAAAAGAAAAAACAGAACCUCGAAUCCGGUAAAAGAAAGUGCAUUAGUGUAAUCAGUGCAAAGUUUAUAUAUAUUUGCUGAGCUGUUAUUUCAACAUCAACUUGAUUAUGGUGCACAAAUUACUUAUAUAAAUGCAGAAAGAAUCAAAAGAAACAUAUCUUUGUUCAGAAACCCAAUUUCUUGCAUGAGAAUGUAUAAGGUUUCAAAAACAUGGAUCUUAAGGCACAAGAUUUUCCUUGAAGAUCCUCUGUCUUAUUCCUUCAUUUUUUUACCACCAAUCACUAUGAAGUUACAAGGCUAAAAGUAUAACUAAAAUAUAUCAUUGCUUUUCAAUCAUACUAGACUUUGCCAUCCCUACUAUUAUUCUAUUACAGCUAGUAACUAGACUAUAAAGGGUGAGACAGAUUUUCAGGUUAAAGUCAAUUUCUAUUCAUCAAUAGAACUCAUGUUAGUUACCAUUAGCAAACAGAGAUACUAAAAUAAAUUAGCAAUCCCAAUGAGAAAUAAAUAAUCCAGAGUUUAUGUAAUGUGGGUCAGUGCUUAACCCCAUAAGAGAAAAUAAAAAAAAUGGUUUAACUUUCACAUUUGGAUGCUUGCUUGCAGACAAACUCCUUCAAUAAUGAUAAAUGAUAAGAGACAACCAUGAGAUUAAAAUUAAAAGAAGCAAUAAAUUAGAAUACCACUAAACUACACUAACACUAAUUAACACUGCUUUUUAUUUUGUAUAUUUUUUUAAUAUGGCAUUGUCUAACCCUUUUAAAAGCAGCAUUUGGUCUUCAAUUCUCCAUAAUAUACUCAUAGGAACAAGAACUAGAGAAGUGUGCCUAAAAUCAAUGGCUUCAAAACUCAUAGCAUUUGAUACUGCAGAUGAUGAUUACAUUGAUAUGGAAGUAACCUCAUAUUCUAACUUCUUCUGCCAUUCUCAUCCACAACCAGGAGAGUUUGAGUUCCAAAUGUCCUCCAUUGAUCAAGAAAAGGAUUCAACAACUUCCCCAGCUGAUGAGCUUUUCUACAAAGGAAAGCUUCUUCCUCUUCACCUUCCUCCAAGGCUUCAAAUGGUUGAGAAAAUCCUCCAAAACUCUGACCCUCCUUUUGUUAUGGACAAAGUUGAAGCCUUUGAAGAGUUUUUUAGCACCCCAUUAACCACAACCUACACAACACCAACCUCAGGCACCCCAUUUGAGUCCUGCAACAUUUCUCCUGUUGAAUCAUGCCAAGUUAGCAGAGAGCUAAACCCUGAAGACUAUAAGCUUGAGUUUCCAUCAACAGGCACAAGUGAUGAAGGAUUCACUGUUGAGAGUAAUCAUCAUCAGAAGAAGUCUUGGACCAAGAAACUGAAGCAUUCAUCAAUAGGAUCAAAGUUGAGGGCUUCAAGGGCUUAUCUCAAGUCCUGGUUUGGAAAAUCCGGUUGCUCCUAUGAAAACUAUGCAACUUCAACAAAAGUUGCUGAUGAAGGCUCAGUUUCAAAGGCUAAUAAUAAUAACUUGUCCAAGAAGAAGAAGAAUAAUAAUACUAGUAGCAAUCCAUAUGGUCAAAUUCGAUACGAGUCCUCGAAUUCUGUCAUGAAGAACAAUGGAGAUGAUCCAAGUAGCAAUCACAGAAGGUCAUUCUCUGUAGGAAUCAAGAUUCUUUCGGGAAACAAGUCGUCGCUGUCCACCGGAUCAUCUUCAUUUUCGAUUCCAAACAAGUCAUCAAGGCAGCAUCUUAAAAGGUGCAGCAGUGCAAGCUCAGAGAUAGAGAAUGCAAUCCAAGGAGCCAUUGCUCACUGCAAGAAGUCUCAGCAAACAAAGAAGAAUUCAAGUGAAGUAGGAUUCUACUCAUUUAGUGAGGAUCAAGAAAGAGUAGUGCUUUUGAGGGGCUAAUAGGGACAACUUAAGUUUUGAUGAAAGAUAACUCUAAUUCACUACUUUAACCAAAUUGUCAUGAUGAGUAGAAGUUCAAUACUCUACUCUUUAAUGUUGGUGAUUAAUUUGUAUUAUCAGUAAUCUUAGUAUUUUUAUUUGAAAUCAACUUGAUCAACUUAAUAUGAGUUGGAAUUUCAAUUACUUGUGAGUUAGUGUACUAUGAUAU